AUGCUGAAAACAAAAAUCUCUGACUAUGCCUUUUAUACCACGACGGACAUCUACACCAACGUUGCCAAGCAACUGUCACGACUACCCAAAUUUAUAAAUGCGUCAAAGUUUGGAAAACUUAUCAAAGACAAAGACUUUGGCGAACGGGUCUUCAAAUGUGUCGAGGGAAAGAAUAUCAAAGGACAAUGCGAUCGGAAACUUGGCGGAAUCAAAUUCUGCCUUCCCACAGAAAUCAAUAACGAUGGUAGCAAUUGGAUGAAUGGUGGAUAUGUUAGGAAAUCUCCAGACAUUGAAAGCGUGGUGACACGGCAAGAAUUCGUCGAGGCAAUGAUUAUGAAGUUAAGGAACCGAUGUCUCUGUCGUUAUAUCUUCGCUUCUACCAGGCCAACAUCAUCUUCACCGAUCUUGGAAAGAGAUUUCUUGGCGGAAAACAACGUCAAGGCAGCCGGCUUGGCUUAUUGCCAUGAGGACACUCAAUCAAAAAGGCUCGGCUUUGUGUGA